AUGCUCCCAUAUCAAGAAUUUUGCCCAAUGGUUCAGUACUUGCUGAGUUAUGCCCUCAUCUCUGUCCUUCUUGGUCUUCAAGGAGGCUGGGAUGUGAUCCACUCACAUCUUUUUUCUAUUGCAACUCCUGACCUCCAUCUUUUGUCAUCCUACUCUACAGACCCACAGCUGGCUCCUGUACCACUUUUUGGUCUCCCGGGCCAAAACUGCUUGACCUAUACCCAGGAACUUCAGUCUGGGUGGCUUAGAGAGGGAGAGGGAGACAUACAGCUCACUCCCACACUACUUUCUUCGCCUCCCAGGUCAAAACCACAUGACUUAUGCCUUCAACUUCAGUCUGUGUGGUUUAGAGAGAGAGGAGGAGAAGACCCACAGCUCACUCCUGCUCCUCUUUGUUUACCUCCUAGGGAGGGGGAGAAGAUCUGCCCAAAACUUUUUUUCCUCACACCUCUUGACCUCUGGCUUUUAGGACUUAUUGAAUAA